AAAAUUUGUGCCGCUUGGGAUAUCUUGUGGCUUUGAGCAAAUCGUAGAUCGAUUACCUUUUCUUGUCGAUUAAUCGAGAAAUUUCACUAAGAACGGUCACUAUCGAUUGAAAAUUUCUUUAAUCGAUUAUUUAAAAUCGAUUUUACAACGGUACAUUUAGACUUUAAACGUCAGCCAAAUAAAUUUCAAUUUAUUCUACUUUUUAUCACUGAUGUAAAUUUUAUCAGACACUUAUUAAAAUAUAUUUAUUUUUACGGGCUUUAUCGUGAAGUUUAUGAUGCGCAAUUUUUAUUUGGUGAUAGAUGAGGUUAACUAUUAAAUAAUUCAUGUAGUAAAUAUUUAUAAUGGCAAGUUACUGGAUAAAACUUUUGUCGUAAAAAAAAAAAAAAAAAAAAAAAAAAAAACCUUAGUUGUGUUGAAACUUAGAAAGAUGGAUUGGAAUCUAAUUAAACUAAUAUUUCUGUGCUUUGCUGUUCUUAUUGGAAUAAGUAGUUUUUUACUUCAUUGUUAUGAGAACUAUUUACCCAUAUUCAUAAAGAAGUCUAUUCGUCACGGAAAAUAUGCUGAGAAAACCCGUCAUAACAUUGCGGAAAAAUUUGAAGUUCCUAAAAGAUUUUUUUUACAUUUUUAUGUAUUUGCGGUCCCACUAUCAAUUACUGCAUUAGUUUUAUGCAUACAUAAAUAUUUUUUUUCUGGAAAUCUACCGGAAGCAGUAUAUGAAGUUUUGGAUUUACUACUUAACAGCUCUAGGAAACCACUGGUUACACCAUUGGACACGAUGAUUGCAAUUACUUUGAUAACAGUUCAAUGUUGUAAAAGAUUGUAUGAAGCUUGCUAUGUCAGCGUUUAUAGCGAAGCAAAAAUGAGCGUAAGUCUUUACAUUGUUGGAUUUAUUCACUAUUUUGGAACAAUAACAUGCAUAAUUGGGGAAUCCUAUGGAUUUAUAAAAGGUUCUGAAUAUUCAUUUCAUUGGAAUGAAUUGAAUAGUAUCCAUAUUAUUUUUUCGAUCUGUUUUCUUUUGGCAUCUUAUGAACAAUUGAGAACUAAUUUUAUUCUAGCAAGCUUACGCAAAAAUAAAAAAGGAGAGGUUGUUACAAAAUCGUAUAAGAUUCCAAGUGGUAGGCUUUUUGAAUACGUAACAGCUCCUCUUCAGCUCACAGAAAUCGUUAUGUAUUGCUCAUUAAAUAUAAUUCUUCGGCAGAAUUCAUCAUUCUGCUACAUAUUUAUUUGGGUUCUCGCUAAUCAGGUAAAUCAAAUAAUACUUCUCCUAAUCUGAUCACUGUUUCCGAAAUUGUUCGAGCAAUUGUUCAUUUCAACGUGAAUUUGUAUGACUGAGUAUGGCUUUGUAUACUCAGGUUAAUCUAUGCUUUGCCAAACCUGAUCAUGCAUGACCAUAUAUUUUUGUAAAAAAGUUAUCCGUGACAUUCCAUGAUCAUACAUAAGCGACGUUUUUCGGAUAAAGUUAAGCACAAGGUUCAUGCAAAUAAGUCAUAUUUAGUCAUGUGUGGCUGGAAAAAAAUAGUUUUGUGUUCACGAGUGAAUGAGUAUAACUUUGCAUGGAAUUUUUAGAGUCACGUUUUCAAAAUGAACCAAAGAAUAUGAAAUAAUUUUUCUAAGUUUAUAAAAUCAUGAACCCUGUACAAAUAUUUAACCUUACAAAUUAUCCCGAAAAUUUUUUAGUGUAAAAUUUCAAUAACUAUUAAUAUACUAAUAAGAUUAAAAGCGAAAAAUGUUGACACCAAAAAAAUUAAGUUUUGUAAUAUUGUAAAAAGAAUUAAAAAUUUGUUUUCUUCUUACAGAUUGAAACUGCUCUUUCAAGUCAUCUGUGGUACAAGAAAACUUU